CCUGUCCGUCAGAAUUUUGUAUUUAAGGAGUGACAUUUGUGAUUUUUGUUCAACUUCAGAUGUGAAACUAUCGGUCCUUGGAAGAAUUAAUAAUCUCACUAUUUACUUUAUUAGCCUAUAUGAUAAUGUUCGUCUAAAUUUUUUCACUUGAUCAAAGAAUGUUAAAAAGUUAAGUAAAACUCAAGACAAAUAUUGGUGUCUAAUUUCAAAAUCAGAAUUUGUAACUUUCACUUUUAAAAAAUAAAUAAAUUAAAAUGAUUAAUGAAGAGAACAAGGAAUUAGCCCAUCGUCAACAUGUGAAAUACUUUAUGAGAUUUCUUAAUAUCCUACCAUCCUCAUUGUCUUCCCAUGAUUCAACCAGGGUGACAAUAGCAUACUUCUCUGUUGCUGGACUGGAUGUGUUAGGAUCAAUUACAUCUAUAUCUAUUGAACUAAGGUCCAGAAUUAUUGACUGGCUUUACUUAUUACAAGUACAACCUCGUAAAUCAGAUGGUGACAUGUCGACAUGUGGCUUCCAAGGCUCCUCAACUAUAAAUAUAGAGCUUGAUAACGCGAAUAGUCAUUACCGAUGUGGGCAUCUUGCUAUGACGUAUACUGCUUUGUGUACUUUACUGGCCUUGGGGGAUGAUUUAUCGAGGGUUAAUAGGAAAGCUAUUAUUAAUGGUGUAAAGGCGUUACAGACGGAAGAAGGCAACUUCUCUGCAACUCUCUCCGGAUGUGAAUCGGACAUGCGCUUCGUGUACUGCGCGGCCUGCAUUAGCUACAUUCUAAACGAUUGGUCUGGUUUCAAUGUGGAGAAAGCCACAGAUUAUAUUAUCAAGUGUAUGGGCUAUGAUUAUGGGAUAGCACAAUGUCCAGAAUUAGAAUCACACGGGGGUACAACAUACUGUGCUCUCGCAACGUUAAGCCUCACCAAUCGUUUGGACAAACUCUCUGAAUAUCAAAUGGACAGUCUCCGGAGAUGGCUUAUGUUCAGACAAGUCGAUGGCUUCCAAGGCAGGCCUAACAAACCAGUUGAUACAUGUUACAGUUUCUGGGUAGGUGCUUCGUUAAAAAUGUUAGAUAUAUUACAUUUAACUAAUUAUAAUAGUAAUAAAAGAUACGUUUAUGAGACACAGGAUUAUGUUGUUGGUGGAUUUUCAAAAUGGCCGGACACAUGUACCGAUCCGAUGCAUACAUAUUUAGGUUUGGCCGGACUUAGUUUAAUUGGGGAGAGUGGUUUGUUAGAAAUUGUACCAACUUUAAAUAUUACUAGGAGAGCGUAUGAUCAUUUAAAAAGUUUACACCAAAAAUGGGAUAGUGAAUUGUAGGUAACAUAUCAAUUUUAGUUACUUUAAAUUAAAUUUUUUGAAUUUGUUCGACCUAUUGUAAAGUUGUUAAUGCGAGUACAAUUUUUAUUGUAUACGAUGAUCCAAAUUAAUUCCCAAACAUUGUAAAAAAUUUGUACCGUUAAUAUUAUUGUUUCAUUUAUUUUCAUAAAAUCUUGCAAAAGAUUGCAAAAUGAAAUUGUCUAAUCUCAAUAAUGUAUAGUGCUGUUUGUUUGUUAAAAUAGUUUCAGGUCUUGAUUUGGACCAUCGUAUACAUCGAUGUUUUAAAGGAGUAAAAUAUCAUCGCUGUUUUAAAUCAAAUUUAUUCAAUUAUAUUUUUAAAUAAAAGUCAAGGAACUCCCGCAAUUAAUACAUAUCGAAUUUUAAACUUUUAUUUUAAAAAAUUCUCUAGUCUGUAAUUAACGGCAUGUUUUUAAAUAUAAACCAACAAGAUUCUGAACCGGUGGGAAUAAGUCGAACUAAAUUAUGAUAGCUCACUAGCGCCCCUCUGUCAACGUCAAAAAUGUCUUAAGAUCCUCUUUAUAUUGUAGCUGUCAUGUCAUUUUUUCUUUCUUGUCAUUUUCUAUGUCUAAGUAGACUAUAUAAUUAUUCUGACAAACCCAACCGCAAUUGCAGUGUCUCUCACCGGUUCAGAUAUCCUUGUUUGACUAUCCGUGAGUUUCUAAGACCAAAACCUCUGUAUAAAACAUAUCGUCAUCCCUAUCAU